AUUCCCAUUUCAUAAUGAGGUGCAGGUUAUUAGAGAAGACAAAGGUAAAGCACAAGCAUAAGAGAGGUUUAUGGUCACCUGAUGAAGAUCAGAAGCUCAGAGAUUACAUCAUAAACCAUGGUAUUGGCUGCUGGACUUCUGUCCCCAUUCAUGCUGGUUUGCAAAGGAAUGGAAAGAGCUGCAGAUUGAGAUGGAUUAAUUAUCUAAGGCCAGGAUUAAAGCGAGGAACAUUCACAUCACAAGAGGAGAAUAUCAUUUUCUCUCUUCAUGCCAUGCUAGGCAAUAAGUGGUCUCAGAUGUCACAGCAUUUGCCUGGAAGGACUGAUAACGAGAUAAAGAACCACUGGCAUUCUCAUAUGAAGAAAAAAGUAGUAAACUUUGAAAACAUGAAAUCUCAUCAACAAACCCCAUCUUCUUCCAGCUAUACAAGAACAGAUUCAAGUCUUGAAUCAUCAGAAGCAGAUGGUUGCAGAAAUCUACCCAAGAUUCUAUUUGCUGAAUGGCUAUCUCUCCAACAGUUUCACAAGUUUGACACUUCGGGAAUGGAAGACAUGAGUAGUUAUACUUUUGGUUCUCAAAAAACAGUCACAAAUGGUGCACUACUGAAUGAAGGAUCUGGCAUUAUUCAAUCAAGCUAUGGUUUUGUGGAUUCCAUGGAUCAUUUGCAAUUGAAAUAUGAGCAUCAAUAUGAAGAAAGUGACUUCUUUGAUUUAAUCUCUCAAGUUAAUAUUUCUCAAAACUUCAACAACAGUGAUGUAACAUUGUAUACUUGUAACUAA